GGUUGGGAAUACAAAAAAAAAAGCAAAGAAAAGAUGGAUUCAGACAGCGAUUCGGAUAGAGAGAAGAGCAGCGAUCCGAAUGAAGAGUUGCUCAGCAGCGAUGACAAAACAUUUCACGACGAUGUCGAUGAGGACUCCUCCGUUGGUGUCGAUGACGAUGAGGAUGACGAUGAUAACGAUAACGAUAACGAUGAUAACUCUUCCUGCGAUGUGCCCGCUGACCCAAUUAGGCAACAAAUCGAUGCCCCUCAAGCCGAGCAACUGCUCGUUGUGCUCAUGCAAACGGAAGCCAUAGAAAUUCAACAUCAACAGCAGCAACAGCAACAAAUCGAUGUCCAAGUCGAGGAGGAGGAGGAGCAUCAGCCACUGGCUGCCAUCACUGAGGUGCCGCCAACUGCGAAAGUACCUCAAAGGGAACGGGAACGGGAAAGGGAACCUCUGUUGGUCAAGUACAGCGAUAGUGUGCGGGAGUCCAUCGAAUGCUUCUAUUCCGCCCAGGAUCUGCUCGAGUAUGGUCACAUGUUGUCCUCGUCUGCUUCAGCGGAGCAACAGCGCACUCCCGAUGUCGAGUCCGGGUACUUUGACAAAUCCGAGAGCGAUGAUGUGUCGCGUGAUGAAUUCGAAGCCAUCUCCUCGGGUAGCUUGCGGCGUCCGAAGGAUUCGCAGUUGGGUGCCUUGGGAGGCGCAGCGAUCGAGAGCAGCUCGGAGAGUUUGCGCAUGGAGUUGAGUCGCUUUUGCAGCUCCAUGGAGGCUUUUGAGCGGCAGCAACUUGAGGCAGAGCCACAGUCGAUGGACUUUAACACGCAAGGGGAACAGUUGGAGGAGCAUCACGGGAAUAGAGCGGGCCACAGGGAGAAAAAGGUGGAGCAGGAACAGGAGGAGGGGACAGCGGAUGAACAGUUCCUCGAUACACAAAAAGCUCAUCGAGCUCUUGAGCUGCUCGAAGACUAUCAUGCACGUCUGUCGGAGCCACAAGAUCGUGCCCUGCGUAUAGCAAUCGAAAGAGUCAUCCGCAUCUUCAAGUCCCGCCUCUUUCAGGCUCUGCUUGAUAUACAAGAAUUCUAUGAAUUGACAUUAUUGGAUGACUCGAAAAGCAUACAACAAAAGACCGCCGAAACUUUGCAAAUUGCAACCAAAUGGGAGAAGGAUGGACAGGCCACUAAGAUAGCCGAUUUUAUAAAAACUUCCAAUCUUAAUCGCAAUUGCGCCUAUGAGUUUAACAACGAUGCCACAAAUCCCAAUCCAAGUUCAAAUCUUAAUCAAAACGUCAACGCGGCCGCGCAUGCCGAAGCCUUAAGCAGAACAUUUAAAAAUGAAUUGGAAGAGAUUUUGAAUCAACGCAUGCGCAUUGAGACCGACUGUGAGAAUGCCAAAGAUGCCGCAGCCGAUGAUGCGGCAAUCCAACAAUUGCGCAACGCGCGUCCACCGCCACAGCAUCAGCAACAGCAGCAACAAGUGGUUCAACAGUUGCAGCAACAGCAACAACAACAACAGCAGCAGCAACAACAUCUUACGCAAUCACAGUCCGCGACAACCAGAAGCGGGACUCAGAUACUUCACAAGGCAUCCUCGACGAAGGUGAAUGGCGACGAUAGCUGGUAUUAUGAGGACAUUCAGCUGGAGCGUGGCAACUCUGGCCUGGGCUUCUCGAUCGCCGGCGGCACCGACAAUCCGCACAUUGGCACCGACACAUCCAUCUACAUUACGAAACUGAUACCGGGCGGAGCCGCUGCUGCCGAUGGUCGAUUGAGCAUCAACGAUAUCAUUGUCUCGGUGAACGAUGUGUCCGUUGUGGAUGUGCCGCAUGCAUCCGCUGUGGAUGCCCUCAAGAAGGCCGGCAACAUUGUCAAGUUGCAUGUGAAGCGAAAACGUGCCGCAAGCGCCACACCAAAUGCUGCUGGCAACGAUGUACACGACAGCGUCACAACGCCAGCAUCAGCAACAGCUUCAGCAGCAGGGGCAGCAACAACAGCCGCAGCAGCAGCAGCAGCAGCUGCGUCGGGGCCAAAGGUGAUUGAAAUUGAUUUGGUGAAGGGCGGCAAAGGUCUCGGCUUCUCGAUUGCCGGUGGCAUUGGCAAUCAGCAUAUACCUGGCGACAAUGGCAUCUACGUGACCAAAUUGAUGGACGGCGGCGCUGCUCAAGUGGACGGACGUCUCUCCAUCGGUGACAAGUUGAUUGCGGUGCGCACUAAUGGGAGUGAAAAGAAUCUGGAGAAUGUCACGCAUGAACUGGCUGUGGGCACGCUCAAGUCCAUCACCGACAAGGUGACACUGAUUGUGGGCAAGACGCAGCAUUUAACCAGCAGUGCAUCACAAUCGGGUGGCGGCGGCAGCGGAGGUGUUGGAAUCGCAGCCAGCUUAAGCGGCAGCAGCCAAUUGGGACAGGCGCAUUCGCAGUCGCAAUCACAAUUGUCGACAACGGCACGACAGCAGCAACAGCAGCAGCAGGAAUCCACAGGUGCGCCAUCAACAACAACAGCAACAACAGCUAACAAUGUAGUAGGAACAGCAGUCUCAGCCUCAGCAUCAGUCACUGACUCAGUCACAGCUAACAUAACAGCUAGCAAUUCCAAUUCCAAUACCAAUAGCAAUAUCAAUAUCAAUACCACAACCAAUUCCACUUCCAUUUCCAACAACACCUUCACCACCAACAUAACAACAGCCUCAAACAACAGCAAGAACAAGAACAAGAACAUGAAUCUCAACAACAACAACAUUAACAACAACAAUAAGAGCAACAGCAACAGCAGCAGCAGUAACAACAACAACAGCAGUAACAGCAGCAGCAACAACAUCAGCAGCAGCAAUAAUCACAACAGCAAUUUAGCUGCAACUGCAACACAACAACAAGCAACACAGCAACAAGCAGCAUCCGCUUCAGCCCCAGCCUCAGCCUCAGCUUCUGUUGUCUCCGCUCAUAAUAAUGCUAAGCUUGCAAUGCCAAGCGUCGAGUUCAACCGUUCCCAAUCACCCUUGCCAAGGCAGCCCGGCUCAAGAUAUGCAUCGACGAAUGUCCUGGCAGCCGUGCCACCGGGCACACCUCGUGCAGUGAGCACAGAGGACAUAACUAGGGAACCACGCACGAUCACCAUACAGAAAGGACCUCAGGGUCUGGGCUUCAAUAUCGUUGGCGGCGAGGAUGGUCAGGGCAUCUAUGUAUCGUUCAUUUUGACCGGCGGUCCCGCUGAUCUUGGCUCUGAACUGAAGCGCGGCGAUCAGCUGCUGAGCGUCAACAAUGUCAACUUGACGCAUGCCACGCACGAGGAAGCAGCCCAGGCAUUGAAAACAUCUGGCGGCGUGGUCACAUUGGUUGCACAGUAUCGACCCGAGGACUACAAUCGCUUCGAGGCGCGCAUUCAGGAGCUGAAGCAACAGGCAGCGCUUAGCGCUGGCGGCUCUGGCACGCUGCUGCGCACCACACAGAAGCGAUCGCUGUAUGUGCGCGCUCUGUUCGAUUACGAUCCGAAUCGCGACGAUGGGCUGCCGUCGCGUGGCCUGCCCUUCAAGCAUGGCGACAUUCUGCAUGUGACCAACGCGUCCGAUGACGAGUGGUGGCAGGCACGACGUGUCCUCGGCGAUAAUGAGGACGAACAAAUUGGUAUUGUGCCAUCGAAGCGGCGCUGGGAGCGCAAAAUGCGUGCACGUGAUCGCAGCGUCAAGUUCCAGGGACAUGCGGCGGCUAACAAUAAUCUAGAUAAGCAAUCAACUUUGGAUCGCAAGAAGAAGAAUUUUACAUUCUCACGCAAGUUUCCAUUCAUGAAGAGUCGCGAUGAGAAGAACGAAGAUGGCAGUGACCAAGAGCCGAAUGGAUUUGUAAACAGCAACAGUGAAAUCGAUGUUAACAAUGUUAACAACAAUCAAGCAAAUGAACCGCAGCCUUUUAUGCUUUGCUACACACAAGACGAUGCCAACGCUGAAGGAGCUUCUGAGGAGAACGUGCUGUCCUAUGAGGCCGUGCAGCGUUUGUCCAUCAACUACACACGUCCCGUCAUCAUAUUGGGACCCCUGAAGGAUCGCAUUAACGAUGAUUUAAUAUCUGAAUACCCGGACAAGUUUGGCUCCUGUGUGCCACAUACUACGAGACCGAAACGCGAAUAUGAGGUCGAUGGACGGGACUAUCAUUUUGUGUCGUCGCGCGAACAGAUGGAGCGUGAUAUACAGAAUCAUUUGUUCAUCGAGGCUGGCCAAUACAAUGACAAUUUGUAUGGCACAUCGGUGGCCAGUGUGCGCGAAGUUGCCGAGCGUGGCAAGCACUGCAUACUGGAUGUAUCGGGCAAUGCAAUUAAGCGUCUCCAAGUGGCGCAACUUUAUCCCGUUGCCGUCUUCAUCAAGCCCAAGUCCGUGGACUCUGUCAUGGAAAUGAAUCGUCGCAUGACCGAGGAGCAGGCAAAGAAGACAUACGAGCGUGCUAUUAAAAUGGAGCAAGAAUUUGGCGAAUACUUCACGGGCGUUGUACAAGGCGAUACGAUUGAGGAAAUCUAUAGCAAAGUGAAGUCAAUGAUUUGGUCGCAGUCGGGACCAACCAUUUGGGUACCAUCGAAGGAAUCUCUAUGACCAACAGCCACAACAACAUGGACACUGCCGCCUCGAGUACGUUGUCGACCUGUCUCGAGAACAACCAACACACAAGCAACAACAUCAUCAACAAAUCAGUCGCACUGAUGCACCACAGCAACAACAGCAACAGCAACAACAACCACGACGAUGACGACAACAAUAACAACCGCAACAACAACCAAUUUAAAGAAACCAAAAGCAACAAGAACAAACCAGAACAAGAGCAGCCAACUAGAUGUUGUUAAUGAUUAGAUGGUUAUAUAUUAUAUAUAUAAAUACUAUAUAUACAUAUAUAUAGUUAAGAAUCCAGAUUUAGAAUUUCCUCUCCCCCCCCCCAAAAAAAAAACUUGAAGAAGGAUUCUAGAUUCUUACAAAUUGUCUCUGGUUUGUCGCUUGUUGUGUGGACAAAGCUGUUUUUGAACUGCAGCGGCGGCUGUUUAGUUUUAGUUAGAACAAAAUUGAUAUACAAACAAAAACAAAAACAAAAAAAAAAGAAGAAAACACAAAAAAAAAAACACUGAUUGCAUAUUAAUACAUAAGAUCUAAGGCAGAAAAUCGAAUGCAGAAUGCGAGUCAAGGAAGAGGAGAAGUCGAAGAAGAAGGAGAAGGAGGAGGAGGAGGAGAACGUUAGUGUUGUUUGUUUAUGUUGAUGUUAAUACGAGAGUUAUAGCGAGAAGUUAGAGUUAUGUUGACGCUAAUAAUGAUAAUGAUCGCAUAUUAUUAUUAUUAUUAUGUUAGGAUACAUGUAUAUGUAAAAGUCUUUAAGUGCGACUAGCGUCAAAUAUACAUAUACUACGUUAAUGAUAGCAAUUGAAAGUUGACACACGAUGACGAAGAUGAAGACGAAGACGAUGUUGAAAAUGAAGACGACGACGACGACGAUAAGUUGGUGCAUUUGUUGUUAGAUGUAUUGUAUUUUUUUCCCCCACGCGCGCGCCUUUGCCUAAUGCAACACACACACACAUGACAUGAAUAUGUACACAAACACACACACACACAGACACAACUCCCAUGUAGCCUAUAACUAACAGUAAAAGCGUCAGCAACGAGCAAGAGAAAUAAGAAACACAGAGAUGGGGAAAACAAUAAGAAGAAGAAGAAAAACUUUCUUUCAAUGCAAAAAGUCAUUUUACUACUUAACAAGAUUGUGGAAGAAGAAGCGUCGUGAAGAAAAAAACAAAACAAAACAAAACA